GCGAAAUGGAUUGCGUUAGCGGUAACGUCAACAUCAAUGGCAGUUCAAAGAUAGCGUAUGUCUCACAACAGGCGUGGAUUCAAAACGCGACGCUUAAGAAUAAUAUAGUGUUUGGGAAUAAAGUGGAGAAACAGAAAUACGACAAAAUCAUAAAGUCAUGCGCUUUGGGACCGGAUCUGGCAAUGCUUCCCGGGGGCGACAACACUGAGAUCGGCGAAAAAGGCAUCAAUUUGUCGGGCGGUCAGAAGCAGAGAGUGUCGGUCGCGCGCGCCUGUUAUUCAGACGCCGAUAUUGUUUUAAUGGACGACCCGUUGUCUGCCGUUGACUCACACGUCGCGAAACACAUGUUUGAGAAAGUGUUGAGCAAUGAUAAGGGAUUUCUUCGAGAAAAAACGCGUCUUUUGAUUACAAAUAAUCUGAGUUUUCUUCCAUUCGUCGACUCUGUUGUUGUCGUAAAAGAUGGAAGAAUUAGCGAAACGGGAACUUACGAGCAGUUAAUGGCAAAUAAGGGCGACUUUUCUGACUUUAUUCAAGAAUUUUCUACUGAACACAAGGAAAGCAAUGGACCGAUGCUUCUGAACCGUCAGGAAUCGGUUAUUAGUGAAAAGAUGGGCCGAUCUCUCAGUAUUGAAAAAGACGCCGAAACUGAAAAAACUAAAUUAAUUGAAACGGAAAAGACAGAGACGGGAAAAGUGAAGUUUUCUAUUUAUAUGCGCUAUUUUAAAGCCCUCACAUGGCUUUGGCUCGUGAUUGUGGUGAUUGGGAUGGUUGGCAUGCAAUUGGCGAGCGUUGGAUCAAACGUAUGGCUCGCCGUUUGGUCUAAUGAUAAGCCUAUUAACGGCACGCAAGACACCGACCAGAGAAAUAUGAGACUCGGAGUUUACGGCCUUCUCGGAGCCGCACAAGCAUUUCUGGUAAUGUUUGCGGCGUAUGGGAUGGCGAGGGGAACAGUAAUCGCUUCCCGUUCUCUCCAUAAUAGCCUUUUGGAUCGAAUACUUCGGUCUCCGAUGUCUUUCUUUGAUACGACACCUCAGGGAAGAAUUGUGAACCUUUUUAAUGAGAAC